UCGGCUGCUGAGCGGGGGCCAAUGAAUUGCCACAGGACAGACACGUCCUUAUGAAAAAGAUUCGCCCGUACCAAAAUGUGAGCUCUCGCAGCCGUCAUGUCUAAGUCAGCGCGGAAUUUCCGCGCCCCUCGCCCCGAGAAGCGCUCCGGGGUGGCCGGGGCACCAUGGGUGGUCAUCUUGCUCUCGGCUUCAUUCGCCCUCGCGGUCCUCUGCAUUAUCUUGGGGUUUUAUUUCACUUCCAAGCAGCCCGACAUGAGACCGGCGGAGUGGGGCCAUCUGAAGCGGGACCACAAACCGAAGAGCCUCAUGUCCAGUCAGGUACAGCACUUGGCGUCGCUCAUCGACUUCCAUCGCCUGUGGAAUGUGUUUCUGGUGCCAAUGCUGAUUGAGCGAUACCCAGGGUCCAAAGGCAUUGAAUUCGUCCGACAGCACAUCAGAGGCCACAUGGAGUUGCUGUCCGCUCGCUGGGCCUUGGAACUGGACACGUUCGAGGACAGGACGCCCUUCGGCAAGCGAACCUUCUCCAACAUGGUGGCGACCCUGGACCCCUCGGCCCGGCGCCGACUGGUCCUCGCCUGCCACUACGACUCCAAGUACUUCCCGGCCGACGACCGGGGGCGGGUGUAUGUGGGGGCCACUGAUUCGGCGGUGCCCUGUUCCAUGAUGCUGGAACUGGUGUCUUCGCUGGACAAGGAGCUGCUCAAACUGAAGGACAGGAGGCAGGACCUGACCCUUCAGCUGCUGUUCCUCGACGGGGAGGAGGCGCUGCUCAGCUGGAGCCCCACCGACUCCCUCUAUGGCUCCCGCCACCUGGCGGAGCGGAUGGCAAGGACGAGGCACCCAGAGGGCUCCUCCAGCACCACCCUGAUCGACUCUGUGGAUCUGUUUGUGCUCCUGGACCUCCUGGGUGGCAGCAAGCCGACGUUCCUGAACCACUUCCGGAACACUGCCCGCUGGUUCAGUCGGCUGGUUGGGAUCGAGAAGAGGCUCCACAGGCUGGGUCUGCUGCAGCUCCACCCCUUCGAGGUGACGUACUUCAAUGGCAACACCCACUACGCUCCCAUCGAGGACGACCACGUCCCGUUUCUGCGGAAGGGAGUCCCCAUCCUGCACCUCAUCGCAACCCCCUUUCCCUGGGUGUGGCAUACAAUGGAGGACACGUCCGAGAACCUGGACCCCCCCACAAUCGAGAACCUGUGCAAGAUCCUGAGCGUCUUUGUGGCGGAGUACCUGGGACUGUAACAGCGGAUAUUACCAGGCGGCGGACUUGGGACUCGGUCAGAGGAGGGGUCUUCACACUGGGGAGGGCCCGUCAGUGCAGCUGGAAUGCAGAGAAUCAACACUGAACUCUUGACAGUGCUCACUGUCUCACUGGGCACAGAAAGGCACGGCUUGUCCCACAACUGUGGAGAUAUGAGACAUUCGUACUUGACAAUUGAACGUGCCAACUCUCAGGUCUGUGUGUGUGAGUGUGCUUUCAUUCCCUGAGACCAUCGCGUGUCUCAUCUUGUCUCAGGUUCUUUGUCUUGUGUCUAUGAAAUCACAUUUUAACCCCCCUCUCUCUCUUCCCCCACACCCCUCUCUCUUCCCCCACACCCCUCUCUCUCUCUUCCCCCACACCUCUCUCUCUUCCCCCACACCCCUCUCUCUUCCCCCACACCCCUCUCUUCCCCCACACCCCCCUCUCUCUUCCCCCACACCCCCCUCUCUCUUCCCCCACACCCCCCUCUCUUCCCCCACACCCCCCUCUCUUCCCCCACACCCCCCCUCUCUCUUCCCCCACACCCCCUCUCUUCCCCCACA